GCCCAGCCGGCCCCCAUUUUUAGAUUAGAGAUUAGAUUAGCCCACCUCCUCCCUCAACCAUACUACUGGUACCAUUGCCUCCAUCCACCACCACACACACACACACACGCCACCUUUUCCUCGAUAUUUCAGCCUCUCAGUACCCCAACCCCCCCCCCCCCCCUCACCAAAAACCCAAAAUCAAAAACCCCCGAUAGUCAUUCGCUCUCUCUCUCUCUUCAUGACGUUUGUUAAUAUUUACUAUCUCCUUCAACUCCUCAUUUCCUGUGCGAUAAUAAUCCAAUCAACACCACCAUGUCUCUGUUCAAUUUCCAAAACAGGAGGACUCAUCCUACCUCUAAACACCAUGGCCAUCCCUUCUGCCUCCAUUCCAAGGCAACCAAACAAGCUCUCCUUCCACCACAACGUCUCCCUCACCGUUUCCCUCUCCGUCGGCUCCCCCCCACAGAACGUCACCAUGGUCCUAGACACUGGCAGCGAGCUCUCCUGGCUCCAUUGCAACAAAACACCCGCCACCCCCUCCACCUUCGACCCCCACCGCUCCACCUCCUACUCCCCCACCCCAUGCUCGUCCUCCGUUUGCACCACCCGUACCCGGGACUUCACCCUCCCCGUCUACUGCGACACUAAAAAGCUCUGCCACGCCACCAUCUCCUACGCCGACGCCACCUCCGUCGAAGGCAACCUCGCCUCCGACACUUUCCUUAUCGACGGCUCGGGUAUGCCGAGCAUGGUGUUCGGCUGCAUGGACUCAGGUUCCAGCUCCAACCCGGACGAAGACGCCAAGUCGACCGGGUUGAUCGGCAUGAACCGGGGCUCCUUAUCGUUCGUGACCCAGAUGGGUUUCCAGAAAUUCUCUUACUGCAUAUCGGGUCGUGACAGCUCGGGCGUCUUGCUCUUCGGGGAAACCAACUUCCCUUGGCUCCGGCCCUUGAACUACACCCCCAUGGUUCAGAUAUCGACCCCUUUGCCCUAUUUCGACCGGGUCGCCUACACGGUUCAGCUGGAAGGGAUAAGGGUAUCGGGCAAAGUCUUGGCGUUACCAAAAUCUGUGUUCGUGCCGGACCACACCGGUGCGGGUCAGACCAUGGUUGAUUCGGGCACCCAGUUCACUUUCCUUCUGGGACCCGCUUACACUGCUUUAAAGAAAGAGUUUAUGCAACAGACGAAGGGAGUGUUGAGGGUUUUGGAGGAGCCGAAUUUCGUGUUCCAAGGGGCGAUGGAUUUGUGCUACCGGGUGGGGGGGAGUAUGCCGGCGGCGGGGUUGCCAACGGUGACGCUGAUGUUUCGGGGGGCGGAGAUGAGCGUGUCGGCGGAGAGGUUGAUGUAUCGGGUGCCGGGGAUGGUGAGGGGGAGUGAUUGGGUGUAUUGCUUCACGUUUGGGAACUCAGAUCUGCUGGGGAUAGAGGCGUACGUGAUUGGACACCAUCAUCAGCAGAACGUGUGGAUGGAAUUCGAUCUGGCUAAAUUGAGGGUUGGAUUGGCCGAGGUUAGGUGUGAUCUUGCGAGUCAACGACUUGGCGUGCUACCGUAGUGUAGUGUAUGUACUACUACUCCAACCAAAAUGAAUGGUUCGAAUCGGAACUCCCUCCCUCCCGAGAAACCAUAUUGAAACAGAACACACACACACACACACCCCCCCCCCCCCCCCAUCUCUCUAAUUUUAGUACACUCCAAUUUUGAUGAAAACGAAACGAAA